AUGAAUUCUCCUUUAAUUCAAAAGGACCUCUUUAAUUGUUGUUCCAAAGAAACCACUAGACUUCUCGUUGAUGAUAUUGGGGAUGACUACUUUGGAAUACUAGCAGAUGAAUCUAGUGAUGUAUCUCAAAAGGAACAAAUGGCCCUUUGUUUGCGUUAUGUGAAUAAUAAAGGGAAGAUAACUGAGAGGUUUCUUGGAAUUGUACAUGUUAAGGAUACCACUGCUUUGUCACUAAAGAGUGCAAUUAAGUCUUUUCUUAUGGAGUAUUCAUUGAGUUUGUCUAGAGCUCGUGGACAAGGUUACGAUGGUGCUAGUAAUAUGAGGGGUGAGAUAAACGACCAACUUGCUAGUUUAUUAAAUAUUAUUGGUGUUUCUUGUAAGCGAAGGGAAAUGAUAAGAGAAAUACAAUCUCAACAUGUUCUAGAAGCAUUAGAUCUAGGGGAAAUUCAAAGUAGGCAAGGUUUAAACCAAGAAAUUAGUUUAGUUUGGACUGGUGAUACUAGGUGGGGGUCACACUACAAAAUUGUUUCAAAUGUUACCUCAUUAUAUGCUACUUUUGUUAAAGUUCUUGAGAAAGUUGGAUCAAAUAAGUUUUAUAAGGAUGAUCGUGUAAAGGCUAUCACUGUUAUGUCUUCAUUUGAAUCCUUUGAAUUUGUUUUCAUGAUAUGUUUGAUGUCUGAAAUAUUUGGGCAAACUGAUAAAUUGUGUCAAGCUUUGCAAAGAGGAGACCAAGAUAUUGUUAAUGCCAUGUCAUUUGUUACAUUGACUAAGGAACAAUUGCAACAAAUAAGGGACCAUGGGUGGGAAGAAUCUUUGCAUCUUGUGCUUUAUAUUUGUGUUAAACAUAAUGUGGAAGCUCAUAAUAUGAAUGAUAUGUAUGUUCCUCGUUGA